GCCGCGGGGCGGGCCGGGCUCGGCCUCCCGCUCGGGCCUUGCGUGUUCGGGCCCGGCCGCGCCGGGAGGAGCGGCGAUGGAGGCGGCGGGCGGCGGCGCAGCGGCGGGCGGCAUCGCCCUGCACGACUUCAGCGGGCAGCUGGGCGAGCAGCGGGUGCACUUCCACGCCAUGCGGCUGCGGGACUCGCUCUUCCUCUGGGUGGGCGCUGCGCCCGCCCUCGCCAGCCUGGCCGUCGCCAUGUGCAGCCCCCGUGACAGCAUCCCGGUGGCCGCCUCGCUCCUGGGGGACCCCUCGGACACCGCCUCCUCCUGCCUGGCGCAGCGCUUGGCCAGCAAGACGAAAAAGCAGAUAUUUGUCAGCUACAACCUUCAAAACACAGACAGCAAUUUCACCUUACUCAUAGAAAACAGGAUCAAAGAAGAAAUGACAGCUUUUCCAGAGAAGUUCUGACUGCACAUCACUGUAAAAGAAGAUGAAGGUUUUGUUUCAGAAAAACUGAUUGCAAUUUUCACACUGACAUUAAGUUAGUAUAUUUCUUUUGUAUUAUUUUAUUAUCUUGAUUGAAUUGUGGUUAUUACUAAAUAUAGAUACACUUGGCUUGAAUUUUCUUUUCAAACAGAAUUUGAAUUUUCAAUUUCAAAGCAAAAUUUUUUUUUUUUUUUUGCUACCCUGCUAAGUAGGAUAGCAAAUGGAUGCUGCAAUGGAUGAUGAUCAUUGUAAAAGUGCCCGUGGUGUCUGGCCUGCACGCAGGACUGGGAUCCGAUGGGAAAUCAGUUCCAGAUGCUAUCUGUAGAAUUAAUCUAUUAUGUACUAGCACUGAACAUAAUAUAGCAGCUUUUAGUGUUCAAAUAAAGAAACCCCACAUUUUUGUAUGGUAAA